GUACUUCACCUGGAAAGGCAACGCUCUCUGGAGUUUAUUCCUGGGAUGUUGAUGGAGUGUAUCAACUUUCCAAUCACCUUUAUUCAGCUUCCGUCAUCCACACCAGUAGGCGCUGAAGGCUCCAGAAGCUCUACCCUUUGCUUCCUCCUUCAAAACAUUCAUCCCUUUCCAGAAGCUCCCAGAGCAGUCUGCCAACUCACGACGUUGCCGUCCCCGCAGGCUCCGCUGUGCGCUACCUUGUGACGUCACCGAGAGAAGAGGCGGGCUCUCCCCUGCCACCAGAAGUUGUCCUCUUUUCUGAUUGGUCACUGGAAGGCGCCUGUCAAGACGCGUUGCCUUUCCCUUGCGCGCUGAGUGUGGCAUCCUUGUGGUUUGUGAGACCGAGGCUCCUAUAAGGUUCACAGCUCGCCCGCCCUUUCCAUCGGGGACUUGGAUUCGGCUUGCCCCAGGCGUGCGGCUGUCGAAUCCGGGGGAGGGGCUCCAGGACGGCGGCCCGCGUUGCGCAGGUGGGAAGAUGGCGGCGGCCUCGGUCUCGGCGGCUUCUGAUUCUCAGUUUUCGGUAAGGGGUGGCGUUUGUGUGGGUUCCAGGUGGUCUUGGACGGCUCUCUGGGUUGCUUCACUUUUCAGGCGCCUAGAUCUGGCGUCAGCCCUGGUCCCGCAGGAUGGCGGGUUGCCCGAGGACGCGUGCCACUCCGGGAGGCUGCAACUGUGUCUUCUGGAGCAGCAGCCCGCCUCCUUUCCCGCUCUGCGCUCGCAGGUCCUCGCAGCCGGAGCUGUGGAGCGUUGUCCCGAGCCAGGCUGGUGCACGCUCAGGCCUGCUAAAACAAAGCCCCGUCAGUCACGUGAGCGUAACGGCCCAGCUCGGAAACCCUCAGUAACAGGUAGAUGUGCAGGUCUGUAGAGUGACAGCCGCUGAGGCGUCCGUGGUCCCCAGAGUGCAUUUUCGCCGUUGCUACAGGGCCUCUCAGUGUCUGUUGCGCGACCCUUGCAGCCGGAGCCCGGGCAUCCCUACUUCCCAUGGCAUGACUAGGAUACAGUGUGGAAAUGUUGUUUUGGAGAAGCGAUCGGGGAAAUUAAACCGGCGAGAUUAGUCACUGGUGUUUUAAGAGUGGAUUGUGGAGCUCAGUCUUUUGGAAAACGCUCCACUAAGAAGAGAUAGGAAUUAAAUGUGAGAACGCUCGAGUUCUGUUUAGAGAUGCCCCUGUGCCUAGCUGACCCUUGGUCCUAAAGUUACAGGGAAGAAUUGAAUAGAAACCCCAUUCUAAAGAAGGAGCAAAGCACCGUACUAAUUAGAUAAUUGCUGCGCUACAGGCUUGGGUACCAGAGGAGUCUGGGAGAGAUUGAUUAGCAGUAUUAGGGAAGAUAGGAUCUUGAAGAGAGGGUGAGCUGGCUGCCCUGUUGAGAGAAUUUUAAAAGAAGAAAGCACUGCAGGUUUAAGAUCUAUGUGGCUAGACAGUAGGAACGUCCAGGACCCCAGAGACAUCUAGAGGUAGCAAUGAUUAAGAAGAGCUAGAAAUAAAGGUGAAAAUGAAUAAUGAGGGAUGUCAGGAAAUUAUCAGGGUAAUUUUAACAGCGGAUGAGGUAACUUAGGAAUCGUAGUUUCAACUUUCUGUGGCUACUAGAACUUGUGAGAAGGUCAGAAUAUUUCGUUUUCCAAACAGAUCUAAGAUCUAGAGAAGAGAUGAAGCAAGUCAUUGGGAGUUAAUCCAGUGUCAGGUCAACGGAAGGUAAAAGAAAAACUACCAGAACUAAGUGCCAGCAGAUGCAUGAAUUAUACGAGAUACAGUUGAUUAAACCUGGGGAAGGAGAGCUCUUUCUUUGCUCUCAAAACUUAGAAAUUGGAAACUCAGGCAACUUCGAUUGAACUGCACUCAAGGCCAUCAGGGCAGUGCCACAGGGAUGCAGUUAAUCCCUAGUCCUUAGGGUAGACCCAGCAGAAAUUUAAAGCCUGUUUCAUGGAAAAAUAGAUCUUGUGACUCUGUCUGGAGUUGGGAACAGAAGAGAAACUAUUUUUACUCCACCAUAGUAAAUGUGUGUAACAAUAGUGUUUGAAAUAAAAGGUUUGGAGAUGCGUUGAUAGAAAGAUGCUGUUAGUAGGGUAACAAGAAAAUGCCUCCGUGUUAGGGUGUAAGCAGGCAACUGGAGGUAGGAAGGGACCUUUGCAAGCAGAAUAAUUGCAGCAAUGAAAAUAAGAGUAGGGCUGGAGAGAUGGCUCAGCGGUUAAGAGCACUUGACUACUCUUCCAGAGGUCCUGAGUUCAAUUCCCAGCAACCACAUGGUGGCUCACAACCAUCUGUAAAGAGAUCCGAUGCCCUCUUCUGGUGUAUCUGAAGACAGCUACAGUGUACUUAUAUAUAAUAAAUGAAUAAAUCUUUAAAUAAGAAAACAAGAGUGGAUUGUGGGUAUUUGAAAUCAAAGUCCGUAUUGCUGAAAAAACUGGUAGGGAGACUAUCAAAAGAAAGUGUCAGGAAACGAUAUAAGGGUUAGCCUGGUACUUGCUACAUUAUGUGGGAAUUGUGUGAGUGGUAAGAAUUUUGAGUUGUAGUCCAUGGGGUUUUGAUUAGAUCUAUUAACUUGACUCAGUUUUUAAAGGAUCAUUAUCACUAGCAAGCUGAUUGGAAGAGCAGACUUAAGAAAUGUAAAAAGUGAGGGGUUGGGGAUUUAGCUCAGUGGUAGAGCACUUGCCUAGCAAGCUCAAGGCCCUGGGUUCAGUCCUCAGCUCCGGAAAAAAAAAAAAAAAAAAAGAAAUGUGAAAAGUGGUGUUUCAAGUAAUUCAAACUAAAAAUAGAGCUAUAGCAAUAUUAAAGUAUAAAAGAUUCUAAAUAUGUUAUGGAGAAAGAACCCUGGAUGAUUUACAGAGAGUAGAUGAGAGGUAAAUAAAAAUUACCUCUAUUGGGUUUUAUGUUUGUAUGGGUUAGUUUGGUAAAUGGCAGUGGUCUUUGUUUUGGUAUGCUGGCAGAGGAGCAGAUUUGGGGACUAACCAAGACUUUAGUUAUAACCAUGCUGCAUGUUAGUUGAGACAUCCAAGUAGCUAGUGAAUAAUGUGAAUUUAGAGUUUUAGAUUGAGAUCUCCAUUCUGUGUUUUAAAUUUGAAAGACAAAUAAAAAUGAAGAGCCUGAGAGUAGAUGAGACUUCCCAAGCGGUUAGAGAUCCAGGGAGUUGAUGAAGGAGAGUCUAUGGGAUUAAGGGGAAAUCCUUGUUGGGUUCCUCCACUGAGGGUUAUGUGAACGAUCACAGAAAUGUGAUCCAUGCUUCUGAGAGAUUGCUGACUUCAGCAAUGUAGAGGAACUGGUGAGUUUGAUGAGCUGUUUGCUUCUUAGGAAUGAGUAAAGAGGGGUGACUUAAAGUAGCAAUUGCAAACAUCCUUUGAAAGAUUAUUUUACUUAAAAUUUUGAUAGUUUUAAUUGAUGUGUGCAUGAUGAUGAGGGGAGGUGCACCUGCCACAGUUUGUUUUUGGAGAUCACAGGACAGUUUUGGAGUUGUCUCCUUUCACCAUUAAGUGGAUUCUGGGAAGUAAACUCGGUUCAUUAGGCUUGUUCAGCACGUACCUUUAUCUACUGCACUAGAGUUUGUUUUAAAAAAAAACUCAAGAUCAGUCUAGGGUUGAAGAGUCUUGUAGUUCAGGAAAAGGUUUUGUCUUUCCCCUUUCCUGGCCCUGGGACAGAUGUAGUGGAGAAGGGAAAUAGAGACACCAGGAGGGGUUUAAUCUGAGGAGGUGAGACUUUGAAAAGCUAAGUGGAGACAGACAGGUUGCUUGCUGCUAGUUUUGAAAGAAGGAAGAGCUAGUUCAUGGAUUUUCUUUUUAGAACUAGUUGUUUAUUCAGUUCAAGUGAUCACAUAAAUUUUUUUGCUUUCGUGAGGGGGAACUAGAACAAAAUCACUUAGUUUAGCUUGAAUGUUAAAUGAUGGGAUUCUAGCUGUGUCUAGCUAACCAAUAAAAACACAGUGUUCGGGGCUGGGGAUUUAGCUCAGUGGUAGAGCGCUUACCUAGGAAGCGCAAGGCCCUGGGUUCGGUCCCCAGCUCCGAAAAAAAGAACCAAAAAAAAAAAACAAAAAAAAAACAGUGUUCUCUGUUAGUUAUAUGUAAGAUCAAGGUACCAGACAAUUCAUAAUAACAUUGACAAUAUUUUAAGAAGUGAAAACUUAACUGUUUUUCAGGUUACUUUCAAAAUAAAUUUUUAUUAUUAUACAGGUAUUUGGAGAGUUCUGCUUACUCCAGGACAUACAUGGUUUAUUGUUGCGAAUACCCAUCAUUCCUUUGCAGACUUCAUUAAUACAAGAUUGAAAAUCCUAAUGUGUUAUGACACUGAGAAGGCCGAUGAGUGUGUGAGAACUCUGAACAGCUGGCAGUCAUCCUGUCUUCUACCUUGGCUCCUAGAACCUCCAUGACUUCCCUCUUUCCUGAGUGUCCAAACUAUAAACUCACCACUGCUAAAAUUCUCGUUAACUUUCAGAGAGCGUCCUAGCUGAACCAUCAAGGUCUAAUGGAAAUAUGGUUCAUCAUUCUUCAUCACCAUAUGUAUUGUAUCCACCUGAUAAGCCUUUCCUUAACAGCGAUCUGAGACGCUCCCCAAAUAAGCCCACGUUUGCCUAUCCGGAAAGCAACAGCAGAGCCAUAUUUUCUGCUCUUAAGAAUCUUCAAGAUAAGAUUCGACGCCUGGAACUGGAAAGAAUUCGGGCAGAAGAAAGUGUGAAAACCUUGUCUAGGGAGACAAUUGAGUAUAAGAAAGUAUUGGAUGAACAGAUACAAGAGAGGGAGAACUCAAAGAAUGAAGAAUCAAAGCACAAUCAAGAACUGGCAUCUCAGUUGGUAGCUGCAGAAAAUAAAUGUAAUCUUUUAGAAAAACAAUUGGAAUACAUGCGAAAUAUGAUAAAGCAUGCAGAAAUGGAGAGAACAUCUGUCUUAGAAAAGCAGGUUUCGCUAGAAAGAGAACGGCAGCAUGAUCAAAGCCAUGUUCAGAGCCAGCUGGAAAAACUGGAUCUUCUUGAACAGGAAUAUAACAGACUCACCGCAAUGCAGGCCCUUGCAGAAAAAAAAAUGCAAGAGUUGGAGUCCAAACUCCAUGAAGAAGAGCAGGAAAGGAAGCGUAUGCAGGCUCGGGCAGCGGAGUUACAGAGUGGUAUAGAAGCGAACAGACUUAUAUUUGAAGAUAGAAAUACUUCAUGUGUUUCAACCAGCACUAGAAAAAUAAAGAAAAAGAAGUCAAAACCACCAGAAAAGAAAGGUUUUAGGAACAACUUUGGUGCACAGCCACAUUACAGAUUGUGCUUAGGUGAUAUGCCUUUUGUUGCUGGAACGUCCACCAGUCCCAGCCAUGCCGUGGUAGCCAAUGUUCAGCACGUCUUGCAUCUGAUGAAGCAUCACAGCAGAGCCCUGUGCAAUGACCGGGUUGUUAACAGUGUGCCCUUGGCAAAGCAAGCUUGUUCACGAGGUAGUAAGAGUAAGAAGUCAGUGGCGCCUCCCUCCAGCAGUGUUAACGAAGAACUUUCGGAUGUCUUACAGACGUUACAGGAUGAAUUUGGGCAAAUGAGCUUUGACCACCAGCAGCUUACUAAACUCAUACAGGAAUCACCCAGUGAGGAGCUGAAAGACAACCUGGAGUGUGAACUGGAGGCAUUAGUGAGAAGAAUGGAAGCGAAGGCCAACCAGAUAACUAAAGUUCGAAAGUACCAAGCCCAGCUGGAGAAACAAAGCACAGAUAAGCAGAAGGAACUAAAAGGUAACAAGAAGACUCUUGAUGAAGAAGGAAACAGCAGCAGUCGUUCAUCUGUAAUCACAAGGACCACAAGUAAGAAGGAUUUUACCAAACAGAGACCUGGAGAAAAAAGCAGGAAAAAUCUUCAGUUACUGAAGGACAUGCAAACCUUACAGAAUUCAUUACAGAGUAGUAAUGUGUGUUGGGAUUACUGACACCAGGUCAUAUGAUGUACCUUACUGGUCAUAAACAAUGUACUUACUGGACCAUGAGCAGACUUUCCAGGUCUCGUGCUUGCUAAGCUGCCAUUACUGGCCGGUGUUAGGGCCAGGCUUCAUUACAGUGUGAUGUGCUGUGCAGCACAACUAAAUGGACAUGGAGUUCUGCAGCAGAGAAGCCGCAUUGUGUCUUUGAACUUGCUGGAUUCAAACACUGCACUUUGUAAACAAAUGACCAGUUUUUUACUUGUGGGUGUGUUUUUUAAGUAGGUAUAUAUGUAAAUUGGGUUUGAAAAUUCAGAAUAUGAGGGUGUCCCCAUAGUCAGUGCUUGAAGUCUUAUUUUUAAAUCUCCCCAGAGCAUGAAGUGCCCACUACUUUCCCUUCUCCAGAUGACCAUUAAAUGUACUGUUUUCAAGAGGACUUUGUUUUGCUUUGGUAUUUCAGACAUUGAUCAAUAGUAAAUUUACUAUUAAAGACCCAAACAUUUUAAGUCAGUUCCCCAUGAAAUAUGUUACAAUGUCUUCAUAAAACUCUAAACAGUUGUUAAUGAAGUAAAUGAAAUUUUGGAAUAAAGAAUGAGAAUGGGGGGUGUUGGAAAAUGUACGCAUUUGCAGGUUUUAGACAGUACCUGUUUGUAAUCAUGUUAUGCUAAGCACUGUUUAAUUUGACUCUUAGAGAACCCCAUGCUUUUUCCAUACAGUAUGAGGGUAGUAUGUGAACUGAAUACACACAUCUAUCAUGUCAAUGUGAAUUAUUAAUUUUGAAUAGAUCGACAUGUUAAUCUUUAUGAAUUUGGUACUUCAAGUCAAUAAAGCAAUUUUUAAACUUUGCUUAACAGCCACCUAACAAA